AAUUGUUCUGUUCCCUAAUGUAUCUAAUGAGAGUUGAACAUAAAUUCAGAAGUUGCCAUUUGCAACAAGUGGCUAUUUAAAUCAACUAAGAACGAGCCCUUAUUAUUUUUGCACCUAUCUUUUAGCUUUGAAGAUACAAAUCAACAAGUUUCUUUUUUUAUAAUAAUAAUUUUCUCUCUUGGUUCCACAAGGAGUCCUUUUUCUUUUAAUUUUUUCCCCUAGUCUAUGAGAUGGGUGGUUCUCCAGUAGUUGUGCAAUCACAAGUACAAGCAGGUGACGAAUCUAAAAAGGAACAUAUCACCUCUCAGAAUGGAUCUGAAAUUAAAGCUCCAGCUUUCAUUCAGAACAAAUGGUGGAUCCAAAUGGUCAUUUAUUCAACAUUUGUUCUAUCUGGCCAAGCUAUAGGUACACUCUUAGGCAGAUUAUAUUUUGACAAAGGAGGAAAUAGCAAAUGGUUAGCCACAUUAGUACAAACUAUAGGCUUCCCAGUUCUCAUCCCUUUCCUCUUUAUCACAUCAACAAAAACUAAUAAAGUUAAUGAAAUAAAAAAACCAUCUUUCUUAGUUGUUGCUUCAUUUUACACUUUACUAGGGUUAUUCAUAGCUGGAACUUGCAUGUUAUACACAAUAGGUUUACAAUACCUCCCUGUCACAACUUAUUCACUGAUUUGUGCUAGUCAAUUGGCAUUCAAUGCCCUUUUCUCCUUCUUCCUAAAUAAACAAAAAUUCACCCCUUAUAUAGUGAACUCAUUAGUAAUUCUCACCGCAUCCUCUUCCCUUCUUGUUCUCCAGAACGACGAUUCUGGAGUCCAGUCCAAUAAAACGUCUACAAAAAAAUAUAUAUUCGGGUUUUUGUCCACCGUUGCAGCAUCUGCUGGCACUGCAUUGCUGCUCUCUAUUACACAACUCGCUCUUCAAAAAAUCUUUAAGAGGGAGAGUUUUCGUUUAAUCAUAGAAAUGUCAGUUUAUCAGUCAUUAGUGUCAACAUUGGCAAUAUUAAUAGGGCUUUUCGCUAGUGGGGAGUGGAAAAAAUUGGACAAAGAAAUGAACGAGUAUAAAUUAGGGAAAAUUCGAUAUCUUUUAAAUCUGAUUGGAACAGCUAUUUCUUGGCAAGCUUUCACAGUUGGUUCAAUAGGGCUGAUUUUCAAAGUGUCUUCAUUAUUUUCAAAUGUGAUAAGUAUUUUAGGUCUGCCUGUGGCUCCUGUUUUGGCUGUGAUUCUUCUUCAUGACAAGUUGACUGGUAUCAAAGUGAUGUCAAUGUUGUUGGCUAUAUGGGGUUUUGUGUCAUAUAUGUAUCAGCAUUACCUUGGCGAUUUGAGACAAGAGUGCAACAAGGACUCAAUUAGUGGAGCUCUCUGAAGUUUCUAGAUCUCAUUGAAAGAAGUUAAAUUUGUAAAUUAAAUAGUAUAAAAUUUCGUGUAUAUAUAUUGUUCAUAAAGAUCAUAACUUUUUUCACUCUCAUGUUGUGUUAUAUGCACUUUUUGGACGAAUAUGUAUUAUUCCAUAUAUGCAGUGUAUCGGUUCGAAAUUUACACCUGAA